UAAACAUAGUCUGUGGAAUGGAUUGAGUAGAUCCAUUCAAGAUGAAUUAAUUUGUCUGUGGCACUCUACAUCUGUCAUGUAGAAAACAAGAAAGUUUUUAUUUUUCCCAAAAACUAUUAAUUUAUUCAAUUUAUUUCCAUUAAGUAGCAAGGUUUAAUCUAGCAUAACGUCAAAUAAUAUUUUUAUUUUAGCUGUGCGCAUAUUAUUUCCGUUUUGAUAGCAAUCAAACGUUUUAGUUAAGUUGAAAACUUAACACUCAUUUAUGGACCAUAUUAUGGACAGACUGUCAUCUCCUGGAUAUCUUCUAGAAUUGUAAUUGAGCAGGCAGCAGUGCGCGAGCAGAGAGCGUCGAGCGGGCGGCGGCGGGCGGCGCGGUGAUGCGGCGAUGGCCUCGCGCCGCGUGACGCGCAAGUGGGAGGUGUUCGCGGGCCGCAACCGGUUCUGGUGCGACGGGCGCCUGAUGACGGCGCCGCACCCCGGCGUGUUCGCGCUCACGCUGGCGCUCAUCUGCGGCACGUGCGCGCUGCACUUCGCCUUCGACUGCCCGUUCCUGGCGGCGCGCGUGUCGGCCGCGGUGCCGGCGGCGGGCGCGGCGCUGUGCGCGCUGACGCUGGCGGCGCUGCUGCGCACGGCGCUGUCGGACCCCGGCAUCAUCCCGCGCGCCGCGCCGGCCGAGGCGGCGGCGCUGGAGGCGGCGGAGGCGGGCCGGCCGCCGCCGCGCGCGCGCGAGGUGCUGGUGCGCGGCCGCCCCGUCAAGCUCAAGUACUGCUUCACGUGCAAGAUGUUCCGGCCGCCGCGCGCCUCGCACUGCUCGCUGUGCGACAACUGCGUGGACCGCUUCGACCACCACUGCCCGUGGGUGGGCAACUGCGUGGGCAAGCGCAACUACCGCUACUUCUACACGUUCGUGGUGUCGCUGUCGUUCCUGGCGGUGUUCGUGUUCGCGUGCGCGGUGACGCACGUGGCGCUGCUGGCGCGCGGCGCGGGGCUGGCGGCGGCACUACGCGCCACGCCCGCCUCGGCCGUGGUGGCGGCCGUGUGCUUCCUGUCCGUGUGGUCGGUGCUGGGGCUGGCCGGCUUCCACACCUACCUCGCCUCCACCGACCAGACCACCAACGAGGACAUCAAGGGUUCUUUUUCCACACGCCGUGGCGUGUCUAAUCCGAACCCGUACUCGCGCGGCAACGCCUGCGCCAACUGCUGGCACGUGCUGUGCGGCCCGCUCGCGCCCAGCCUCAUCGACCGGCGCGGCGUCUUCACCGUCGACGUGAAGGACGAGUUGCCGCCGAGCUUCGUGCGCGCGCUGUCCGCGCCCGCCGCCGCGCCGCCCGCGCCCGCCGCCCCGCCCGCGCCGCUCGCGGGCAGCUACACCAACCUGUUCGAGGGCGGCUACAUGAACCGCUCGCUGGACCUGGACCCCGUGCCGCUGCAGGCCACGCCCGAGCCGCGCCGCCGCCCGCGCUCGCCCGCGCCCUUCGCGCUCAGCGCGCCGCCCGCCGCGCCCGCCGGCCUCAGCGCCUCGCGCCUGCGCCUGCUGCACGACACCACCAUGAUCGACGCCGCGCUCGACCUGGACGAGCCCGAGCCGCCGCCGCACCUGGCGCCGGGCCCUGCACGCCGUGCCCGUGCACGCCGUGCCGUGCGCGGCGCCCGCGCGCUGGCGGCGCUCUGA